AUGAGCAACGCUAGCAAUGUCAGUGUCAGCAAAGGCUCCAAGGAGCGUUCCGGGCUCAAGGUGCGUCUCCUUGACACGGUGACCAUUCUGCACGUGAGCGACACCCACUCUUUGCACCGCUCCACUGGAGAUUUGCCCUCCGCGGAUAUCUUCAUCCACUCGGGGGAUGUCGCCAAAGUGGGCUCGGACGGAGAGCUGGGGGAUUUCAACGAUUGGCUGGGCACCAUCAAGCACAAGUACCAGCACAUGUUUGUGAUCGCUGGGAACCAUGACUUCUGGGACACGAACUGGCGCCUGAACCGCGGCUGGAUGUCUGUGAACGUGGCUUCCGACCCGAGCUACUUCCAGAAGAAGAUCUCCAAUGCCAAGGUGUUGAACCACGAGCUGGCAGAGGUCAUGGGCCUGAAGAUCUGGGGCGCAGGUUGGCAGGCGCGCCGUGGGGACUUCCAGCCCGGCAACAACUACCAGGACAUCCCAGCGGGUGUGGACGUUGUGGUGACGCACGAGGCCCCAUUCGACAUCUUCGACCAUGCGGGCGGCGCCCACUGGGGAUCCAGCCACGAGUUGCGAGGCGCCAUCUACCGAGCCAAGCCCAAGGUGCAUCUCUUUGGUCACGUCCACGAGCAGCGUGGCCACUGGGACCGGGUCGGCAAUGGCUUCCAAGGAGGCGUUGAGUACCGCCCCAACCCGCACGUGAACCAGGUCUUCCGCCCCAACGGGCCUCCGCCCUCCGACUACCCGGUGGAAGUGGAGUCGAACAACGCCAUGGCCAACCAGCCCACCGUUGACCACAGCUGGACGGGGAUCUGGGCCCCUCAGCACAUUGUGGGCCGUGCCCGCCUUAUCACCGCCAACCGCGGCGCCGAUGGAUGGCACUUCCACUCCUCGGCUUCGCUGCCGAAGGUGGCAAGUCAGCGCCUGCAUUUGCACCUUCACAUCCUGAGCAUUUGGCUCCUCGGCCACCUUCUCCGUUUCAUGGUGGCAUGGGCGAGUGGGUGGCCCUUCAGGGCUGACCCGGACAUCUCGUUUGCUUUGGCAGCCUCUGCUUUGAUGGCGAUGGCUCGGCUGGCCGCUUCUGCCGCAAUUCUUUGCUUGGUCACGGCCAGCAACGUGAGCAAUGUGAGCCAUUCCAACAUCAGCAUGAGCAACGCCAGCAAUGUCAGUGUCAGCAAAGGCUCCAAGGAGCGUUCCGGGCUCAAGGUGCGUCUCCUUGACACGGUGACCAUUCUGCACGUGAGCGACACCCACUCUUUGCACCGCUCCACUGGAGAUUUGCCCUCCGCGGAUAUCUUCAUCCACUCGGGGGAUGUCGCCAAAGUGGGCUCGGACGGGGAGCUAGGGGAUUUCAACGAUUGGCUGGGCACCAUCAAGCACAAGUACCAGCACAUGUUUGUGAUCGCUGGGAACCAUGACUUCUGGGACACGAACUGGCGCCUGAACCGCGGCUGGAUGUCUGUGAACGUGGCUUCCGACCCGAGCUACUUCCAGAAGAAGAUCUCCAAUGCCAAGGUGUUGAACCACGAGCUGGCAGAGGUCAUGGGCCUGAAGAUCUGGGGCGCAGGUUGGCAGGCGCGCCGUGGGGACUUCCAGCCCGGCAACAACUACCAGGACAUCCCAGCGGGUGUGGACGUUGUGGUGACGCACGAGGCCCCAUUCGACAUCUUCGACCAUGCGGGCGGCGCCCACUGGGGAUCCAGCCACGAGUUGCGAGGCGCCAUCUACCGAGCCAAGCCCAAGGUGCAUCUCUUUGGUCACGUCCACGAGCAGCGUGGCCACUGGGACCGGGUCGGCAAUGGCUUCCAAGGAGGCGUUGAGUACCGCCCCAACCCGCACGUGAACCAGGUCUUCCGCCCCAACGGGCCUCCACCCUCCGACUACCCGGUGGAAGUGGAGUCGAACAACGCCAUGGCCAACCAGCCCACCGUUGACCACAGCUGGACGGGGAUCUGGGCCCCUCAGCACAUUGUGGGCCGUGCCCGCCUUAUCACCGCCAACCGCGGCGCCGAUGGAUGGCACUUCCACUCCUCCGUGCCGUAA